AAUUGUGACUUGGCUAAGAAGUCUCAUUGCCGGGUCCCCGGCCAUAACAUAACAAUAAUUAUUAACAUCUUACACAUUAUAAUACACAUUUUUAUUUACUUAGAGAUGGUUAAAUGUCGAUGAUUUAAAUCUGGUAAUAGUAAAAAAAACAAAACUUGGAUUUCGCAAGAGGAGAAAUGCCUAGAGUGAAAAUUGAUUAUGUUGUUAGUUUUAGCAAUGAAGAUCCUGGAAACCCAGCAAGUAAUCUUCUGGUUCCAGACAUCACCAAAAGGAAAUGGCUCUGCCAAAAGGGAGAAACAAUCUGCUCAGUUGUUCUUCAAUUGGCCAAAGCUGUUCAGAUCCAGUCAGUUCACAUUGGAGCUCACCAUACGGCAUUAGUUGAAGUAUUGGUUGGACUUUCAGAAAAACCUAACGAUCCGUUUGAGGUCUUAGUCCCAAGCUGUGUGUUCGUCUCGGCCAGUGAGUCCCGCAGAGGGUCAGGCGUGGAUCGCGUCAGGACCUUCUCCGGCGAUCAGCUGAGCUCCACACGACUGCGGCCCUGGGACAGACUGCGGGUGGUGUGUUCACAGCCUUACAACAAGCACUGUCAGGUGACGCACAGAUUAUAUGGCCUUUCCUUUGUCCACGUGUUCUCCCCCGAGGAAGUCGCCAAGACCGCCGGGGGCAGAGGGCCCGCCGUUGCUCUGCCUCUGGAGACCACCUCCGAUGACGAAGACACGUUCCGGCCCGGAGAGCUGUUCGCGCGGCAUCGCCCUCCCACCUCGGCCGCCGCCCUCGCCAUCGAUGCCAAAAUAAGACAAGCGUCGUCCAACGUGCUCAAAAACAUCUCUGACCCGUCGACCAGCUUGAGCAAAGUCCCGGUCGGUGCAACCACCUCAGGGCGAGACUGCAGAGAUGCUUCCGUGGCUGGCGAUCGAAACUCUAGUCCUUCUCACAAUAAUCACGAAGAAAACAGUAAAAAGAGGAAGAGAGAGUCGUGUGAUAAAAGAGAAGACAGAGACAGCAAAAAGAACGCCCCAAACAAAGAAACAGACAAUAGUAAGCUUUCUCCCAAACGUGCCGUGGCUGAGAGAGAGAAUGCAACGACGGACGCCUGCGGCAUCCUGCGGGGCGUGGUGUUCACUCUGAGUGGCUACCAAAAUCCCCGGAGGGGGCUCCUGAGGGACGCGGCUCUGAGCCUGGGUGCGCGGUAUCAGCCCGACUACACGCCGCGCUGCACGCACCUCGUAUGCGCGUUCCCCAACACGCCGAAGCUCCGAGCGGUGCGAGCGAGCGGCCAGGCGUGCGUGGCCGUGCGCGGAGAGUGGCUCGAGGACUGCGCCCGCUCUCGCCGUCGGUUGCCUUGGAGGCCUUACGCGACGGAGCCCCGGCCGCCGGACGUCGCCGACCCCGCCGAGGCGGACGAGAGCUCCGGGUCCGACACGGAAGACGAGAUAGAGCGCGUGAUCCGAGCGAAGGGCGACGUCGACGAUGACGUCACCCGCCUCGGCUCCCCGCCGCGCCGACGACGCUCGCGGCUCUCGCCCGACAAGCUGCUGAGCGACCGCUUGGAGGGAUGGACGUGCGGCGUUUGCGAUGGCCUUCCCGAGUCGCGCCGGGCCCUGCUGGAGCGGUACCUGCGGGCGUCGGGAGCGCACGUGGCACCGGAGGGGCGGGCGUCGCACGUGCUGUGUCAGGGCGGACACGCGCGGGAUCGGCACGGUACGGCCGUACCCCUGCGGCCCGCCUGGCUCUGGGACGCGCAUCGCCUGCGGGCGGCCCCCGACCCCCUUCGGUACUCGCUCUGUCGCGAUCCAUCGUCCGACUGAAGCACCGAUCGUCUCGAAUUAAACGUUGCCCACGGAUGAAAAACCUCUUUUAAUGAGAACACGACGUCGCCCCUAUCUCGUCUUAGUUACGUUCGGAAGAUGUGACUUAGCCAGUAUUUCUUCAUGUAUUUCGUGGACACGUCUGCGCGCACAA